CCAUUCAACCUGUCAAACCUUCCAAUAUUUAUCUGACUAUAUAUCUCCAUUGCUAAACCCCAUUCGUUUAAGAUCCCAUCGGAAGAAAAUCCAAAGAGACUAUCAUUUUUCUCGCCACCGAAAAUGGGACAACGCUUGUUAAAGAUCCUCACAUUCUGGCUGUCAGAGCACCCAUCAAUCGUUAACUUCCGCUGGAACCCCACCCAGUUAUGGGGCUCCACGUGGUCCUUCCUCUUCACAGCCAUCCCGGCCUACAUCGCUGCCGCCACCACGCUCCACCUCCUCCUUACGCUCUUCCGGCGCCGCCGCCCUGUCCCGCUCGGCCCCAUCCCGGCCGCGCACAGCCUCUCCGUGGCGUUGAUCUCCGCGGUAAUCUUCGUCGGUACACUCCUCUCCGCCGCCGCCGAGAUCCGCGACACGCGCUGGCUUUGGGGCCGCACCAAGAUCACCACGCCCCUCCAGUGGCUCCUCUGCUUCCCCCUCGGCACGCGCCCCUCCGGGCGCGUCUUCUUCUGGUCCUACGCCUUCUACCUCUCGCGCUUCCUCCCCCUUCUCCGCACGUUCUUCACCGUCCUCCGCCGCAGAAAGCUCACGAUUUUCACGCUCUUCAACCAGUCCAUUCUCAUCAUCAUGUCAUUUCUCUGGCUCGAGUUCUCCCAGUCUUUCCAGGUCCUGGCAAUACUUCUCACCACUGUCCUCUACUCCGUGGUUUAUGGGUACCGCUUCUGGACGGAAAUGGGGUUGCCCAGAGCGCGCUUUCCUUUUGUGGUGAACUGCCAGGUUGUGUUGCUUGUCUGCAACUUGGUUUGCCAUUUUAUGGUGCUUUUGUUGCACUUGUUCAAAGGUGGGUGCAACGGCAUUGGGGCCUGGGGCUUCAAUUCCGUGCUGAAUGGAGCGAUUUUGUUGUUAGUCUUGAAGUUCUACGUCACGAAAAUGCAUUCGAGAAAGAGCAUGGCUGCUGACGACGACGCUUCUUCAACGCAUUCGGGCACUGUGAACACUAAAGAAAAGGACACCUGA